CCUUGUUUUCGUUCCAAUGUCACUCCCUCUGUCGCUCGGGGACUGAGAGAGACGAACCCCAAAACCCUAGAAACCGCCAUUGAAGCAUUUCAAAGCUUUUCGUCACCAAGACAAAGUUGGCACUCUUUUGCAUUUAUAUACGGAGACUGUCAGACUUCUAUAGUUUAAUAGAUCUAACAAGCAGUGGGUUUUGAGGAUUUAGGUUAGGUUAUUUUCGGUAUCAUAGAUAUGUGGAACAACGGCCAGAUUGCUCCGCCUGGAACUGGCGGCUCGUCGAUUCCGCCGCCUCCGGCGGCUCAACCGUCUUAUACAGUGUUGCCAUCUCCGGCUGAGGCUGAGGCCAAGCUUGAAGAGAAGGCCAGAAAGUGGCAGCAGCUUAAUUCAAAGCGCUACAGUGAUAAAAGGAAGUUCGGUUUCGUCGAGACGCAGAAGGAGGAUAUGCCUCCCGAGCACGUCAGGAAGAUUAUUAGAGAUCAUGGAGACAUGUCCUCGAAGAAAUAUCGCCACGAUAAACGAGUCUAUCUUGGAGCGCUUAAAUUUAUUCCCCAUGCAGUUUACAAGCUCCUCGAGAAUAUGCCUAUGCCCUGGGAGCAGGUUCGUGAUGUGAAGGUUCUCUACCACAUAACUGGGGCAAUUACUUUUGUAAAUGAAAUUCCAUGGGUUGUAGAACCUAUAUAUUUGGCGCAGUGGGGUACGAUGUGGAUUAUGAUGAGAAGGGAGAAGAGGGAUCGUAGACAUUUCAAGAGAAUGCGAUUUCCACCAUUUGAUGAUGAAGAGCCUCCUCUUGAUUAUGCUGACAAUCUAUUAGAUGUUGAUCCUCUAGAGCCAAUUCAGUUGGAGCUGGAUGAGGAGGAAGAUUCUGCUGUAUGUACUUGGUUUUAUGACCAUAAGCCUCUUGUUAAAACAAAGCUUAUAAAUGGUCCUAGUUAUCGGAAAUGGCAUCUCUCUCUCCCGAUCAUGGCAACACUUCAUCGUCUUGCUGGACAGCUUCUUUCUGAUUUGAUUGACCGCAAUUAUUUCUACUUGUUCGAUAUGGAGUCUUUCUUCACAGCAAAGGCACUGAAUAUGUGCAUACCUGGUGGUCCUAAAUUUGAGCCUUUGUAUCGUGACAUGGAGAAAGGGGAUGAGGACUGGAAUGAGUUCAAUGACAUUAACAAACUCAUUAUCCGGUCACCUCUCAGGACGGAAUAUAGAAUUGCAUUCCCUCAUCUGUAUAACAAUAGGCCUAGGAAGGUAAAGCUUGGUGUUUAUCACACCCCCAUGGUCAUGUACAUAAAAACUGAGGAUCCUGAUUUACCUGCAUUUUAUUAUGAUCCAUUGAUACACCCAAUACCCAGCACUAACAAGGACCGGCAUGAAAAGAAAGUGUACGAUGACGACGAGGAUGAUGAUUUUGCCUUACCAGAAGGAGUGGAACCAUUGCUGAAAGAUACUCAACUUUAUACCGACACUACGGCAGCUGGAAUUUCGUUAUUAUUCGCCCCGCGUCCUUUUAACAUGAGAUCAGGUCGGAUGCGUCGGGCAGAAGAUAUCCCCCUUGUAUCAGAGUGGUAUAAGGAGCAUUGUCCUCCCUCAUACCCAGUUAAAGUUCGGGUCAGUUAUCAGAAGUUAUUGAAAUGUUUUGUGUUGAAUGAGUUGCAUCAUAGACCGCCAAAGGCACAAAAGAAGAAGCAUCUGUUCCGGUCUCUCCAAGCUACAAAGUUUUUCCAAACGACAGAACUUGAUUGGGCUGAAGCAGGUCUUCAAGUUUGUAAACAAGGAUAUAACAUGCUGAAUCUCUUGAUUCAUAGGAAAAAUUUGAAUUACCUUCACCUUGAUUAUAAUUUCAAUCUGAAGCCUGUCAAAACCCUUACAACCAAAGAACGUAAGAAAUCUCGGUUUGGAAAUGCUUUUCAUCUCUGUCGAGAAAUUUUAAGGCUCACAAAAUUGGUGGUUGAUGCCAAUAUCCAGUUCCGCUUGGGCAAUGUGGAUGCAUUCCAGUUGGCUGACGGGUUACAAUAUACUUUUUCUCAUGUUGGUCAGCUGACUGGGAUGUAUCGAUACAAGUACAGGCUUAUGCGGCAGAUUAGAAUGUGCAAGGAUUUGAAGCACUUAAUAUACUACCGGUUCAAUACUGGGCCAGUAGGGAAAGGACCUGGAUGUGGGUUUUGGGCACCAAUGUGGAGGGUGUGGCUAUUUUUCCUUCGUGGUAUAGUGCCUCUUCUUGAAAGGUGGCUGGGAAAUCUGCUUGCACGGCAAUUUGAAGGCCGUCAUUCAAAAGGGGUGGCAAAGACUGUAACUAAGCAGCGUGUUGAAAGCCAUUUUGACUUGGAGCUCCGAGCAGCUGUCAUGCAUGAUGUUCUGGAUGCAAUGCCAGAGGGUAUUAAGCAAAAUAAAGCCAGAACCAUAUUGCAGCAUCUCAGUGAGGCAUGGCGAUGCUGGAAAGCUAAUAUACCUUGGAAGGUUCCUGGUUUGCCCGUUCCGAUUGAGAAUAUGAUUCUCCGGUAUGUCAAAUCAAAGGCGGAUUGGUGGACAAAUGUUGCUCAUUAUAAUCGUGAACGUAUAAGAAGAGGUGCAACAGUUGAUAAAACAGUUUGUCGGAAGAAUCUUGGACGAUUGACCCGGCUGUGGCUAAAGGCUGAACAGGAACGACAACACAACUAUCUGAAAGAUGGUCCAUAUGUCACACCGGAAGAAGCAGUUGCCAUUUACACUACCACUGUGCAUUGGUUGGAGUCGAGAAAGUUCACUCCCAUUCCAUUCCCUCCAUUGUCAUACAAGCAUGACACAAAACUUCUUAUCCUUGCUUUGGAAAGGUUGAAGGAAUCUUAUAGUGUGGCUGUCAGAUUAAAUCAACUUCAAAGAGAAGAACUGGGACUCAUCGAACAAGCUUAUGAUAACCCACAUGAAGCAUUGUCGCGAAUUAAGCGUCACUUGCUCACUCAACGUGCCUUUAAAGAAGUUGGCAUAGAAUUUAUGGAUUUGUAUAGCUAUCUCAUUCCAGUUUAUGAGAUUGAGCCGCUCGAGAAGAUUACAGAUGCAUAUCUUGACCAGUACUUAUGGUAUGAAGGUGACAAGCGCCAUCUCUUCCCGAACUGGAUCAAGCCUGCUGAUUCAGAACCGCCUCCACUCUUGGUGUAUAAAUGGUGUCAGGGAAUCAAUAAUUUACAAGGUAUCUGGGACACAAGUGAUGGGCAGUGCGUGGUGAUGCUUCAAACGAAGUUUGAGAAGUUCUUUGAGAAGAUUGACCUCACGAUGUUAAACAGACUUCUCCGGUUGGUUCUUGACCACAAUAUUGCUGAUUAUGUCACCGCAAAAAACAAUGUGGUGUUGUCUUACAAGGAUAUGAGUCAUACAAAUUCCUAUGGCCUUAUACGUGGUCUCCAAUUUGCAUCAUUCGUUGUACAGUACUAUGGGCUUGUGCUGGAUUUAUUGCUUCUUGGAUUGACUCGUGCCAGUGAGAUUGCUGGUCCACCACAGAUGCCAAAUGAGUUUAUCACUUAUUGGGAUACAAAGGUCGAGACAAGGCAUCCUAUCCGGCUUUACUCUCGAUACAUAGACAGGGUUCACAUCCUGUUUCGAUUUACUCAUGAAGAGGCUCGAGACCUUAUCCAGCGAUAUCUUACUGAGCAUCCAGAUCCAAACAAUGAAAAUAUGGUUGGAUAUAACAAUAAGAAGUGUUGGCCAAGAGAUGCUAGAAUGAGGCUCAUGAAGCAUGAUGUUAAUCUUGGGAGGAGUGUUUUCUGGGAUAUGAAGAACCGUCUUCCUCGAAGCAUUACAACAUUGGAGUGGGAGAACAGCUUUGUUUCUGUUUACAGCAAGGACAAUCCAAACCUACUCUUUAGCAUGUGUGGAUUUGAAGUUCGCAUACUUCCAAAAAUAAGAAUGACUCAAGAAGCAUUUAGCAAUGUAAGAGAUGGAGUUUGGAACUUGCAAAAUGAACAGACAAAAGAACGCACUGCUAUUGCUUUCUUACGUGUUGAUGAUGAACACAUGAAGGUGUUUGAGAAUCGUGUGAGGCAGAUUCUUAUGUCCUCGGGGUCUACAACAUUCACUAAAAUUGUCAACAAAUGGAAUACAGCACUCAUUGGUCUCAUGACUUAUUUCCGUGAAGCUACUGUUCAUACCCAAGAGCUGCUGGAUUUGCUGGUCAAAUGUGAAAAUAAAAUUCAGACUCGUAUCAAGAUUGGGUUGAACUCAAAGAUGCCCAGCAGGUUUCCUCCUGUCAUUUUUUACACACCAAAAGAAAUUGGAGGGCUUGGUAUGUUAUCUAUGGGUCACAUAUUGAUUCCACAAUCUGACCUUAGAUACAGUCAGCAGACUGAUGUUGGGGUGACCCACUUUAGGAGUGGAAUGAGUCAUGAGGAGGACCAACUCAUUCCAAAUCUUUAUCGGUAUAUUCAACCUUGGGAAAGUGAAUUCAUAGAUUCACAGCGUGUCUGGGCAGAGUAUGCAUUAAAGAGGCAGGAAGCUCAAGCACAAAAUAGGCGUUUAACCCUUGAAGAUUUGGAAGACUCAUGGGAUAGGGGAAUACCGCGUAUUAAUACUUUGUUUCAGAAGGACAGGCAUACUCUGGCAUAUGAUAAAGGAUGGAGAGUUCGCACAGAUUUUAAGCAGUACCAAGUCUUGAAACAAAAUCCUUUCUGGUGGACACACCAGAGGCAUGAUGGUAAACUGUGGAACCUGAAUAAUUACCGAACUGAUGUAAUUCAAGCUCUUGGUGGUGUUGAGGGAAUCCUAGAACAUACAUUAUUCAAGGGGACAUACUUUCCAACCUGGGAGGGUCUCUUUUGGGAAAAAGCAUCUGGUUUUGAGGAAUCAAUGAAGUAUAAGAAGUUGACAAACGCACAGAGAUCUGGUCUCAACCAAAUUCCCAAUCGUAGGUUUACUCUCUGGUGGUCACCUACAAUAAAUCGGGCAAACGUUUAUGUUGGUUUCCAAGUGCAGUUGGAUCUUACUGGAAUUUUCAUGCAUGGGAAGAUCCCGACUUUGAAGAUAUCAUUGAUUCAGAUUUUCCGAGCUCACUUGUGGCAAAAGAUUCAUGAGAGUGUUGUAAUGGAUCUUUGCCAGGUUUUGGAUCAGGAGUUGGAUGCUUUGGAAAUUGAAACGGUGCAGAAGGAAACUAUUCAUCCGCGGAAGAGUUAUAAAAUGAACAGUUCUUGUGCAGACAUUCUUCUUUUUGCUGCUCAUAGAUGGCCAAUGUCAAAACCUAGCCUUGUUGCUGAGCCAAAAGAUGUGUUUGAUCAAAAAGCCAGUAAUAAGUACUGGAUAGAUGUACAGCUCCGUUGGGGAGAUUAUGAUUCUCAUGAUAUUGAGCGUUACACCCGGGCCAAAUUCAUGGAUUAUACAACAGACAACAUGUCUAUAUAUCCUUCACCUACAGGAGUGAUGAUUGGGCUUGAUCUGGCAUAUAAUUUGCAUUCUGCAUUUGGUAACUGGUUUCCGGGAUCAAAACCAUUGCUCCAGCAGGCAAUGAACAAGAUUAUGAAGUCAAAUCCUGCUUUAUAUGUGUUGAGGGAGCGAAUAAGGAAAGGUUUGCAGUUGUACUCUUCUGAGCCUACCGAACCGUAUUUGUCGUCACAAAACUAUGGAGAGAUCUUUAGCAACCAAAUAAUAUGGUUUGUGGAUGACACUAAUGUGUAUCGUGUUACAAUUCACAAGACAUUUGAAGGAAAUCUAACUACAAAACCAAUAAACGGUGCCAUCUUUAUUUUUAAUCCAAGGACUGGGCAGCUGUUCCUGAAGGUCAUACACACAAGUGUGUGGGCAGGACAAAAACGUCUUGGUCAGCUGGCAAAGUGGAAAACAGCUGAAGAAGUUGCUGCUCUUGUGAGGUCUUUGCCGGUUGAAGAGCAGCCAAAGCAAAUCAUUGUGACUCGCAAAGGAAUGCUUGAUCCUUUGGAGGUUCACUUACUGGAUUUCCCGAAUAUAGUUAUAAAAGGAAGUGAGCUGCAACUUCCAUUUCAGGCUUGCUUGAAAAUUGAGAAAUUUGGUGAUCUUAUUCUAAAGGCGACAGAGCCACAGAUGGUUCUUUUCAACAUUUAUGAUGACUGGUUGAAGAGUAUUUCAUCAUAUACUGCAUUCUCUAGACUCAUUCUGAUCUUGCGAGCACUUCAUGUGAACAAUGAGAAGGCUAAGAUGUUGCUGAAGCCUGACAAAUCAAUUGUUACCGAGCCACACCACAUUUGGCCUUCUCUGACUGAUGAUCAAUGGAUGAAGGUUGAGGUUGCUUUAAGGGAUCUCAUAUUGUCGGACUAUGCCAAGAAGAACAAUGUGAAUACAUCAGCCUUGACUCAGUCUGAGAUUCGUGAUAUUAUACUUGGAGCUGAAAUUACCCCACCUUCUCAACAGAGGCAACAGAUAGCAGAGAUUGAGAAACAGGCGAAAGAAGCAAGUCAGCUGACAGCAGUAACAACAAGGACAACUAAUGUGCAUGGUGAUGAACUUAUUGUCACUACUACAAGUCCGUAUGAGCAAGCUGCAUUUGGUUCUAAAACUGAUUGGCGUGUGAGAGCAAUAUCAGCCACAAAUCUUUAUCUUCGUGUCAAUCAUAUUUAUGUGAAUUCGGAGGAUAUAAAGGAAACAGGAUAUACUUAUAUCAUGCCGAAGAACAUUUUGAAAAAGUUCAUUUGCAUAGCAGAUUUGCGGACCCAAAUUGCAGGAUACCUGUAUGGUGUAAGCCCACCCGACAAUCCUCAGGUUAAGGAAAUUAGAUGCAUUGCUAUGCCACCACAAUGGGGAACACAUCAGCAAGUUCAUCUACCAUCAGCCUUGCCAGAGCAUGAUUUCCUCAAUGAUUUGGAGCCUUUGGGAUGGAUGCACACACAGCCAAAUGAGCUUCCUCAGCUAUCGCCUCAGGAUCUCACUUCUCAUGCCAAAAUCCUAGAAAACAACAAGCAAUGGGAUGGAGAGAAGUCCAUUAUUUUGACUUGCAGUUUCACACCAGGUUCUUGCUCGUUAACUGCCUACAAGCUCACUCAAUCAGGUUAUGAGUGGGGGCGGAUCAACAAGGACACUGGAAGUAAUCCUCAUGGAUAUCUUCCUACUCACUAUGAGAAGGUCCAGAUGCUUCUCAGUGACCGCUUUCUUGGUUUCUAUAUGAUACCCGAUAAUGGUCCAUGGAACUACAAUUUCAUGGGGGUAAAACAUACCCCUAGCAUGAGGUAUGGGGUCAAGCUUGGGACGCCCCGAGAGUACUACCAUGAAGACCAUAGGCCAACACAUUACCUAGAGUUCAGCAACUUGGAAGAGGGGGAUGUAGCUGAGGGUGACCGUGAGGACACAUUCUCGUAGUCUAGAAUCAUCGUUAUGGGUGUGGUAGUUGAUCUUAAACAUGCGAGACACUCGAUAAAUUUUGUAAUGCCAAAUGUCAAAAGCAAUAACUCUUGCUGUUUCUGUAGUAAUGGUUGUAGUUAUUAACGUGAUUGCACACUUGUAAAGCGCAUGCAACUGAUCUGUAUUUUGAGAUUUGUAAAUAUAUUAUUUUUAAGUUUAUGAAUCCACUUGAAUACAAUUUUCGA